GAGCUGCUGGCCGGAAGGAAGAAGUUCCCGGCCAUCAACGUUUCGGGUGGCCGCCUGAAAUUACCUCGCGUCGACUUGCAGGACAGGACGGGUGCAGAUCAUCUUCCAGCACCAAGCGGAUUUUCACAACCCGCGUGUGGGGCUGGUCUCAGCUUUGUCCAGCAAGACGUCCUCUCAAGGCACAUCGUUCGGAUGAAACAGUGUGCUCGGGCAUAUCGUGUUUGUCUACCAACUAAACAGUCUAAACCAUUCAAAUCUGCGUCAGUGAAUGCUGUGCAGAUG